CUCUCUCACUCUCUCUCUAGAUCGCGAACAAAACAAGACGGAAGCCUCCUGCGAAUCAAAACACUCUUCAGUCACCCCCGCGGCCCUGUCCGUCCUUCAUCAAGUAAUCCCUCCUCCAUGCACAAGCACACGCACGCGUACGCGCACGCGCACGCGCACGUGCCAUUUGGUCUCCGCGACACCGCCUCCAGGGAAGCUCUCCACUCCCUCCCAACCAUCGCCCCGCUCCUCCUCCGCAACCUCCUCACCUCCAUCUUCAUCUUCGCCGACAAGUCCUUCCUCAACCUGGCCGAGAAGUACCGCCUCCUCGAGCUCCUCCGCUACCUCCUCCUCUCCUCCUUCCUCUUCCUCCUCCGCCUCCUCCCCACGCUUUUCCCCUCCGUGAACCCUGUCGUCCACGACGGCUACGCCCCCAAGCCCCCGAAGCCGGCCGGCGACCCCCGCGCGCCUCCCCACUCCGGCGCGUGCGACUCCGGCAUCGCCCGCGCGCUAUCGCAGCUCCUCGCCAUCGUCAACAACGUCCCCGUGAGCUCCCGCAAGUACGAGGCCGUCCGGUCCUUGGCCGAGAGGCUCAUCAAUGAGAACCAGCAGGAGGGGACCGAGGCCCUGCUCGAGGUCAAUCGGACGGUUCUUUCGGCGGCUUUCUCGAGGACUCUCAACCAGCUCGAGGCCGCAAUGAUGGACAGAGAGCGGCAGCGCGGCUGCGGGGGCGGCGGCAACGGCGAUGGCUCCGACUCGGGGACUGUCUCGGUGGAGUAUAGGAAGAACCGGGUUCUGAGGGCGAUUCGGUCGGUUCGGGAUGUGGCUUGGCGUGGACGGGUCUGGUGGUCGAGCGAAGAGCCGGCCCGGCUGGGGAGCUCGGCUGCGAAGCUUGCCGCUGAGCUGGUUUGGUUGGCGCAGAAAUUGGCGGCUUGCGGGUGCGCCGAGGAUGCGGUUUGUAGGUGGGCGUCGGCUAGUAAUUUGGCUUGGCUCGCUAUCUCGGCGGAGCCGCGUCUCCAAGGUUCCCUAGUCAAGGUUUCUGCAUUCUUAUUCAAGCAAGCCAAGGACAUGGGGCUGGACGAAAUCGAUGAAAGCAAGAAAGAGCAACAAAGGCAGACAAGGAUGAAGAUGUUGAUGUCAUGGUUGCCGCUGCUUUGCAGAGCAAGCAAUGGAACCGAUGUCCCCGUUCUAAGCCUCAGCGAAAGAGCCGAACUGGAGAGAGUGUUGGAGGAAACCAUCGAAAUCCUGGGACAGGAGGAGAAGGAGCAUGUGCUCUCGCAGUGGCUUCACCACUUCAUGUAUUGCCCGUCGUCUGACUGGCCUAAUCUUCAUGCCUCCUACACUCGCUGGUGCACUGCUUCUCGCAAGCUCAUACUUCAGUGAAUAUGUAGUUGAAUGAGUUUACUAGAGGAAGAUCCUUCAAAAGCUAGAGAUUACCAGGUGUACAGUAUUGAUACAGGAAUAGCAUUUUGAGCUAUUAUAUGAAGUUAUG